CAACACUCAUAUGACCCCAACAAGCAAGCACUUUGGUGACAAUGGGAAGGAAAAACUCCCUUUUAACAGGAAGAAACCUGCAGCAGAAAGCCUGCAGACUGCAGAGGUGUGGAGUUCAGGACAGAAGCCGUGAGAGGACGGAUGGUGACAAUGACUAGGUCUCUUAGCCAUGUGUGCAGCACCUCCAAUAGUCUGGGAUUCUCUGGGCACAUGUCAGAAAGAGUCUUUUGGAGUCUCACAUUCUCACAGUGCAGAAACUGCUCCAGCAGGCUGAUGUCUGAUGAUGAUGGUCAUCAUGUAGCUCUGUGUUGCAAGCAGGUUGCAGACCCAAAUGCAGAACUCAAGACCCAGAAGUGGACCAAAAAACUAGAGGUUCAUGAGAUAACAUGGGAAUAGAAACAGGUGGGAACACAACUGAAACUUGUGGUGGAAACAGGACAAAGGAAGCAAAAGUAAACACAGCUCCCACGAGACAAAUGACUAAUAGAAUACAGUAGAAAGUAACUAAAUGUGGAAUCAAAGAUGACAACCUGACAAACCACGGGAAACACAGAGGAACCACGAUAACUUAAACAAGGGGUAGAAUACAGUCAAUGUCAUGGUUUCUUGUAUUUGGUGUCAUUUUGUAUUAAGGUUUAUGUUUAAGCUUCAUUUUUCAUUCUUGGGUUUAUUCUGUGUUUUAGUUUCCCCUUGUCUCUUUGUUCUCUGUGUCCUUCUCUUGUGCGUGUCUUUGCCUGGGUCUCACAGUGUGUGUCACUUCCUGUUUUAUUUUGAAGCUACCUCAUCUCAUGUGUGACAAUCAGUUUUGCUUCUAUCCCAUUACUCAGAUUUGUUCCUGGUGUUUCCACCUGCUGCCCAUCCUCUCGUUAUCCCAUGUAUUUAAGUCUUCAGUUUGUCUCUGUUGUCACGUUGUCAGUCUUCCUGCCAUGUUUCCCCCCUGUGCUGUGUGCUUCAUGUUCUGUGGCUUAGUUUCCACACCAGGGGUUUAUUGGCCAGUACUUUCAGUUUGUAGCUUUCAGCAAUAAAGCUGUUUGAGUUCAUGUUCCAUCUCUGCAUUUUGGUCCGCCCAAAAAGCAGAACCACAAUAAGUAAAACCAAACACUAAACACAUGUGAAAACCAACAAAUCAUCACUAUCUAGAAUAAUUGCUUAACACUGAGAAAUUCACAUAACUCAACAUAAAGUGAAACAAGACAAAACACAGAUACUGGAACAGACAAAGCCUUUGAAUAUGGAUAUAAAGAGAAACAGUAUAACCUAAUGAUGGCCUCCUUUACUCUUUGGACCUUUUAUUAUUCUAGCACAAACACCUUUUCCCCCCCAAGUCUGUGUCAUUUAUCACAAAACACUGAGGGGAGAGUUCCCACAUGGCACUGCUUGUCAGUCAAUUGUCCAAUUGCUGUUGAGCCUCUGAAAAUUGUGGACUUUCUAUAGAAAUGGUGGUUACUCCUAAAGGCUUAAUGGUUUGUUUAACCUCUUGAAUUAAAGCGGAAACUCUCCACUUAAAAAACCCCAAACAGAAAUGAUGUUGCUUUUUGAGGGAAAAGAAAGAAAUAAAAGUUCAUAGAUGAUAUUGUCCUGGCUCAUGUUUGGUGUAAACUUGGAUUCUGUUGUUAUUUAAAGUUGUGGGUUGUGCAGCUUGAACUACUCUUAUGUGGACUGUGUCAGAAAACAGUUUGAGAACCACAGUUUCUGUUUUUCUCAUAGUUCACAGGCGACUGAGCGGGCACCAUGGAGCUUAUUGUGAACUGUAAAUCACUCCAAACUACUCUAGUGUGUUGCUAUAUAAUCUACCCUGGUGUGGCGAACUUGAAUCUGCACAGAACAAGUUCACAGAAGCUAGCAGAUCCUCUAAACGAGAUCAUUGCGGUGCGUUGUUUUGAGCAGCAGUCAGCGGGCACUCAGUAUACCCGCUGUGUGACUUUGCGUCCUGGCUUUGCGCACCUAAAAAUACCCCUGUCCAAGUACACGGAUCAAAGGGGGCAGCAACACUGGCGAAUCCCGCCCCGCCAUUUAACCUAAAACCUCUCAGAGGAGGAGCAUGCAGUGUGAGCAAAGAGCCGGCGACUUCCAGAGUUGUACAGAGGAGCGGGAGACUGGUUCGGGUUACAGGGACUGGCCUGUAGCACAUAGUGGGAUCGCUCUGAAGUAGCGAAUGGGACAAACGGAGCCGAACACAAAGGAGUAAGACAGCGGAAGACUCGGACACGGAAUGUUUCGGUUUUGAAGGUUUAUGUAAUUACUCAUAUGAGUGCAGCCAGAUUGGUAAAGAACGGCAGAGUUUACUCAGUAUAAAUAGCCUCCUGCAAAGUUACAGAUCGGCAGGAUUCUUUCUGCGCAACUGUACACCUGAUGAGCUUGGGGAUUGUUGGGUGCAUAGAGCCACACUCACAUGUCUGAAAUGGAACAGGAAAAGAAGUGGGGAGUCGCUGGUAAACCAGGUGAAAAGAGGCGCGUUGGCUUGAAGCAGCCGCUGUGGAGCGAUUUGUCUUGCGUGACGUUUUGCAUCGCGGUGUCCGUGCUGUCUGUUGGAGUUUGGAUCGUAGUGUUUGUGCGGACGUCGGAGCUGCAGUCCAGGAUAGUAAGUCUGGAACAGCAGCGGCUUUCUGCGUGGAUGCUGUCCGUGGAACAGGUGGAGCCCGUCAUCUUGGGUCGUCUCGACCAGAUCCUGGAAGAAAAGCUUGCAGCGCGACUACCAAAGACGCGGGAUGUGAGAGAAGUUUCCCACAGCUGCCUGUGUCCCCCAGGACCUCCAGGUCCUCCUGGACGAGCAGGCUUUCCGGGUGGCAAAGGAAGUAUGGGAAUUCCUGGGAGAAUGGGCUUAAAAGGACACGCAGGGGAGAAGGGAGCACCAGGUGAGCCUGGCCUGUCUAUCAUUGGACCAAGAGGACCUCCUGGACAACCUGGUACAAGAGGAUUUCCAGGAUUUCCAGGUCCAAUUGGGUUAGAUGGCAAGCCUGGACAGAGUGGACCAAAGGGAGACAUGGGACAGCGUGGUCCUAAAGGACACCCAGGGGAACCUGGACCUAAAGGGGAGAAGGGUAUCUGUGGCGAUUACACACAUCGGAUGUUGCCCAUCACCGUGCGCAACAUGCCCUCAAUAAGCCCUCUAAUAUUAAAACGCCUCAAGCAGGGCGAGCCUGGAAUACAGGGGCCUGCGGGACCUCCGGGGCCACCCGGUCCACCGGGAACACCGGGAUCGGAUGGGGCCAAUGGCCCACCGGGUAAACCUGGGGAGCCAGGCAAACCUGGAAAAGACCCAAGGCUCUUGCCUGGACUAAAGGGUGAGCCAGGUGUGCCAGGACAAAAGGGGGAUCGAGGUGAUGUUGGCCCAGCAGGCCCAAAGGGAGUUGGGGGAGACCAAGGAAAUAAGGGAGAGAAAGGAGAGCUGAACACUGGAGCCCCGGGAAUUAAAGGAGAGCCUGGUUCACCAGGACUGCCGGGACUAAGAGGACCCAGAGGGGAAGCAGGUCUUCAAGGCCCAGCUGGCCCAAGGGGUCUGCCAGGCCCGACUGGGGAGCCAGGAAGGGCUGAAAUCCAGUAUGAAAAUGAUAUCCGCAACAUCCCCCUGAUGGGCCCUCCUGGAUUACCUGGACCUCCAGGGACACCUGGAAUCCCUGGAGCCAAGGGUGAAGUUGGUCUACCAGGUCCACCAGGACUGGAUGGAGAGAAGGGACCUCGAGGGAAGCCUGGAGAACCUGGUCUCCUGGGCCCGGCAGGUCCUGAAGGUCCCAGAGGAGAGGGAGGUGUCAUGGGCUUUCCAGGACCCAAAGGCACCAAGGGUGACAUGGGUCCAUCUGGAUCACCUGGUCCAAAAGGUGAACCUGGAGAUGGAGGAAGGUUAGAAUCGAUCUAUGGUCCUCCAGGACCCCCAGGACCAGCUGGCCCAGCAGGACCACAAGGACCAUCGGGGCCUAAGGGAGAGCCAGGAAUUGGAAUCCGAGGAGAAAAGGGAGCGACGGGUCAGAAAGGCGACAAGGGAGACAGAGGCCAUCUUGGACUUCCUGGUCUAGUAGGACCUGCAGGUGUGCCAGGGCCAGCAGGACCAAAGGGAGAGACAGGUGAAAAGGGUGAUCCUGGAAUUCCAGGACCAACAGGGCCGCAAGGCAUCCCCGGAUUAGUAGGACCACAGGGACUCAAGGGAAAUCAGGGAGAGAGGGGCAAGAAAGGCAACAGGGGGGCCAAAGGGGAUAAGGGAGACCAAGGAGCACCUGGAUUAGAUGCCCCCUGUCCAUUGGGAGAUGAUGGUUUACCUGUACCUGGAUGUUGGAAUAAAGUACGUUUGUCACAGCAUUGUGUUUUUGCCUGACAUGCUAACUUCAUGGGGAACAUUGUGACCUAACAACUAACAUUUUGCCUUUUGUUUUUCCUUGCAGUGACGAUAACUUUGGAAUGGCUUGUGUGAUGUACAUAGGAUAUUUAUUUUUUUUACUUUUACUAUUCUAUUAUACAUGGAAAAAAUAAAUAUAUAUGGCAAUUUUGUACAUAUUGUUUAUUUUAAUAAAUAUGACGGUGUGUAUGUAAUGUUUUUUAUAUAUCUAUGCAUUGUUUUAUAUGAUUGGCUAAGAAAAAUGAUAAUGUGGCUGAAUUUGCAUUUUGUGAAGAGAAUAAUGCUCUUUAACUUAUUGCAUUAUGUUUUGCUCUGUUGUGAUAGACCAUGGUGCACUGGGAUGUGGGGCUGGCAACAUUUCUAAUUUAGCCUUGGAAAGUCUUGGUUGAACUCUCCUCUGACAAAGUGUUGAAAACUAUAAUAAUGAGAGCAAGCGCUGCAUAUAGACUAGUUUAAAUUUUACUAUAUGUUCACACAGGGACAGGAAGCUAUUUUAAAUGUGCACUUUGAAUUUUAGACUGUUGUGCUCAUAUUAAACCGAAGAACAUGAAGACAUAAGAGAUCAAUCUCAUGUUUGUCCAGUAACUACUAUACUGCAGUGUCACAUAUUCACUUCCAGCUUUCCUAGGCAUGCUGACCACCACAACUCACACUGUAGGGGAUACAGUGUGAGUAGAUACAAGCUGAAAAAAUGAUAAAUAACUCUAAAUAUGUUUUAUAUUUUAGAUCCCACCCCUUGCCUCGCUGAAAGCCCUGCAUACCCUUGGCCCUUGGCUCAAUGAACUUCAUGAUGUAGUCACCUGAAAUGGUUUCACUUCACAGGUGUGCCUUGUCAGGGUUCAUUUGUGGAAUUUCUUGCCUUCCUUAUAAGGUUGGGACCAUCGGUUGUGUUGUGCAGAAGUCAGGUUGGUGCAUGGCUGACAGCUCUAUUUGACAGAACCAAUCAGUUAAGUAAAGAGAAACAACAGUCCAUCAUUACUUUAAGAACUGAAGGUCAGUCAGUCCGGAACAUUGCUAAGACUCUGCAGUCGCAAAAACCAUCAAGUACUAUGAUGAAACUGGCUCACAUGAGGACCGCCCCAGGAAAGGCAGACCAAGAGUCCCCUCUACUGCUCGGGAAAGAAACACAAGGAAUGGACCAGUGGAAAUCUGUGCUUUUGUCUGAUGAGUCCAAAUUCAGGCACAAUGAACCCGCAUGGCUACCACAGCAUCCUGCAGUGACAUGCCAUCCCAUCAUUUAUUCUCUAACAGGACAAUGACCCCAAACACACCUCUAGGCUGUGUCAGAGCUAUUUGACCAAUAAGGAGAGUGAUGGAGUGCUGCACCAGAUGGCCUGGCCUCCACAGUCACCUGACCCAAACCCAGUGGAGAUGGUUUGGAAUGAGAUGGAGCACAGAGUGAAGGCAAAGAGGACCAACUAGUGCUCAGCAUCUCUGGGAACUCCUUCAAGACUGUUGGGAAACCAUUUCAGGUGACGACCUCAUGAAGCUCAUGGAGAGAACGGCAAGAGUGAGCAAAGCAGUAGUCAAAGCAAAGCGUGGCUGUUAGGAAGAAUCUACAAUAUAAAAAAAGUUUUAUUUAAUACUAUUUUGUUUACUAUAUAAUUCCAUAUUAUGUAGUAAACACAAAGGAGAGUGUAACUACCAUGAUGUCAGCCCGUGAGUUUUGACUCUGGGGAUACUGUAUUUGGAGUGUAAAAUUAUCAGCUAAUCCUAGCAAGUUUUGGUGGGAAGCUGCAUUUCGUGUCAGCAGUGUGCUGGCUUUUAGUGCUAAGUAAAGAACAUCAAUAAAAUAGAAUUUCACUCACCAAAACAGAAACAACAACUCUUGUAAUAUGUAACAAGCCAUACUGUUUGUUAGAACAAGCUGCUUCACUUGUUUUUUGCUGUGUAGGAUCUUAGUACCAUUAGCAAGAAUGCAAUGCAGCUGCCAUAUAUUUUAUUAACUGUAUGUUUCAAAUCAAAUUCUCUGCUUUCCUGCAUAUUAUACAUGUAGUUUCAUAUAGUUUAGAAGUGAGCUAAAUGAGAGAGAAGCUGUGUAUGGGACAAUUAACCUGCAGAAGUUGACUCAUGUUAUAAGAAGUUUAACAUUUUUAGAAGUUUAAAAAAGGGUGUACUCUAAAAGUAUUAUGUUAUUAAAUCGAGAAAAUAGCUGUUCUGUCUCUUGCAUACAUACUGCUACAGUAUGAAAAAGUAUUUGACCUCUUUGUGAUAUUUAUUUAUGUAUUUAUUUUCAUAUUUCUCUGUAGGCGUGAUCAGCCACAGUUGUCUGUAUCAGCACACAAAUCAAAGCAGCAACAACCAUUUGGAUAAGCCUUAUUUAUGUAAAUUGAAGUUUUUGUAACUGGCUCUAAGAUGUAAAAUUGGUCAUUUUAACAGUCGUUUUGUGGGGAAUGAUAAACCUUUAAGUCACAGUUUUUUGGCCGGUCUGUGUUGCCGUUCCUAUUCAGCUGAAGAGGUCGCCCAUUGCAUUAUAUCCAGACCAAACUUUGCAAAGUGAUGAGUUCAUCAGUUAGGAGAUCUAAACGUAGAGUGCUGUUAAACUGUUUUUAAGUUAUCCAGUAUUGCAAAGUGCUUUUAACACUUAUGUCAAGAAAGAGGGCAUCAACCAAGAUUUUGUAACAAUUUUAAUUCCAAGAAGAUUGAUCCUGUAAACUAAAUGUCCAAUUGCACAACAGGAAAGUAACAGCUCUGUGUUGCUGCUUUGUGUUAUUCCUCUACGUUUAGUUCAUUCUAAAUAGUUUUGUCAAAUUCUCCUGUUUUAUGACCCUUGGGUUCGGUAUCCUAGUGCCGUUUUUUUUGUAGUAUUCAGCCGAAACAUUGCCACUCUCAUUUAAGGCUGCUGCUGCUGCAAUCUCCUCAUAGUCUCAUCCUGUUAUGAAGAAAGCUGUAACCUUAUUGGACAAUGUACAUCCUUUUUUUUUAUUAUUAUCCACAAACACUUUUUGUAACAGCUGUUCUCAGUAACCUCAUUAACAACAGUGAGCGGAUGAAAUGAAUCCAUUAUAUGCUGCUGCUCUUUGACAAAGCUUUGUGUGUGUUGUGCUCUGCCUGGAUUUGAUGUUGCCAUUAGAGAUUAUUGUUGGAUCCUUCCCAGCAAAUAUUCAUUGUGUCAUUUUGCUGCACCUAAAUUAACUUAGUCACCAGUUAGCCUUGUUUUUGCUCUGAUAUUUAUCAUGCAUACUUGUGCUCAGAUAUUUAAAAUAUUUAUUUUGUUCAGUGACAAUCAUAAUUAAGUUUACAUUUAUAAUGAUUUGGACUAAAAAUAAUUUAAGUGUACCCAUUAGUUACAGAGUAUCACAAUCCAAAUGGUAGACCCUGUUUAAUCUGCGCUCUAGAGGAUUGCAUUGUUUUAUGUUGUGAGGUUGUUGUUAUGUCAUUAACUUCAGUGCAAUCCAGGUUUGAAGAGGUUUAAAACUGUAUGUUAAUAAAAUACAUGGCAUUUUUUACUCAAAUUCUAUGCUGUCCUACAUAUUAUAAAUGUAGAUUAGUAUAGUUAUCAUCACAGACGGUAAAGAACCAGCCGCUGCACUUGUUUUUCCUGUAAUGUUUGACACAGGUUAAAGGUAGCCCUUUGCCAGUAAAAUAGGGAAAACUGCGUGAGCAAAAAAACAAACGGUAUACUCUAAAAGUAUUCAAUUAUUCAAUCCAAAAAAUUAGCUUUUCUACACUCUUACAUACACAGUACUGUGAACAAGUAUUUGCAUCAAGGUAUAUUUUGUAUAGAACUACAAAUGUUUAUGUCAUCAAGUGUUUGCAUUGACAUGAGUCAUAUUUAAUGCACGUUGGGCUCAGUGCAGAUAUACACUAAAUUGCCAAAAGUAUUUGCUCCACUGCCUACACACACAUAUAUAUGACCUUGAGUGACAUCCCGUUUGUGGCGGGUGGGAUUUGUGGUGUGGCUGCGGGGGAGACCGAUACACUCGAGCUCAAUCAGGUCAUCAUGCCUCCUCUGCAUAAAAGACAAAUGAACUGGGUCCUGACGUUGUUGUCGUGCAGCUGCAAAAUUGCAGCCGAGUGUACAGAGAACAAGCAACCAGAAUAAAAGAGUGUGUGAAAAGUGUUAAGAUGUGGUCGAGUUCGUUGUUCCCAUGCCACAACAUUUUUAAUCCAUAGGGUUUAAUAUGAUGCUUGCUAGCUUCUGCAGCUAAACAGCUUCAACUCUUCUGGGAAGGCUUUCCACAAGGAUAAGAUGUGUGUUUAUAUGAGUUUGUGAUCAUUCUACACAGAAGUGCAUGUGUGAGAUCAGACACUGACAUUGCGGUCUUGCAUUUGAGUUCACUGUCUCUGCUGUAAUUCAUCCCAGUGUUGUUCCAUCGGCUUGAGGUCAGGACUUACUUUGUAAACUGGUGUGCAGUCAUGUUGAAACAAGAAGGGGCCAUCUCCCAACAAUUCCCACAAAGUUAGGAUAAUUAAAUUGUCCAGAAUCUUUUGGUAUACAGUGGUUCCUCGUUUAUCGCGGGAGUUACAUUCUUAAAAUAACCCGCCAUAGGUGAAAUCCGCGAAGUAGCCAACUUUAUUUUUUACAAUUAUUAUAGAUGUUUUUAAGGCUGUAAAACCCCUCACUACACAC